UUACAACUUCAGUUUUUUAUUUUGUUUUAAAUUUGCAUGUAAUAAUAAUUUGCAUGUAAUGAGACGCCCCGCCUGUGUUUUCAAAGAUACCCAUUACCACUGGCCCUCCUAUUCCAAACAUGCAUGAUCAUUGGUACCUAUGGGGGAGGAGGGAUGGGCAGGGGUGUGAAUAUAAAGAGCCUUGAUGAUCCUCGCUCACCAUCUCUUCUAGUAUCGAAGCCUGUAGUGAAGACUCACCUGCACGGCAUUGCCAGGAUGAAAGCUGCCACAUGUCUUGUUUUGUCCAUCGCCCUCUUUCUCUGCUUCACCACUCUGGUGAGUGGGAGCCCUAUUCCUGAAGGGGGUGAAAUGCCUGAUUGCAGGCAGUACCACCUGCCUGCCUGCCCACGGAACUUGGACCCAGUCUGUGGCACUGAUGGCGUCGAGUAUGCCAAUGAAUGUAGUUUGUGCCUGGCAGUCAUGAGGGGAAAACAAAAUGUCCGAAUCGCCUCUCGUGGCCCAUGUAAGCCGUGGGUUUGAGUGUUGGGCUGCAGCUGCAAUAAACCAAAAAUGAAGACGCACCAAUAGCUGUCCUGUGAUUGGUCAUCCCCACCUCCCACUCCCCCCACCCCCGUUUUACAAUGGCAUAUA